GGCAGCUCAAAAAUCAAUGCGGGAGUCGCCGCCGGGAGUUCUCGGGAUUUUUCUUAAGAAUACCAGUGACGGAGGACCUUCCGGAAGAAUUCUUAGUGACGCGUGGUGACCGAGUCGAGGGUGGUGAGGAUGGCUGCCAAGAUGCCGGAGGCGUUGUAUUCGUGCGAGGUGUGCGGGCAAGAGGGCCUCACGGACGACGACCUGCGAUCACACAUGCUCCUAGCGCACUUGGAGGGCACCGCCUCCUGCCCCUUCUGCGACCUCGGGGACAUCAGUCCGGAGGAGAUGGUCCACCACGUCAACAUCGCCCACCUGGACUACCUGAGUCCCCAGGACGAGUCGCUGGAGGAGACGUUGAUGAUCACCAAUGGGUUCGGUGACCACGUGUUAAUCGACAGCAUUUUCAGAAAAGGCCGAGUAGGCAAUGCCGCGAUGGACAAUCAUGUGCCUGUGAUCACGGUGGAGGACGAUGAUAACGAUAACUAUAACGCCAACCUAAGCCCUUCGCACGGCAAGGGAGGGAGCCCCGGCAACCAGGGGUCACCCGCCCGCGCUCAACUCUCCCUCAACCUCAAUCAGCUGGACAGACGGAACAGACUGGCCAGCCCCGGGGUGCGCAGCCCCCUGAUCGACACCAGAGUGACCCAGUGCCCGAUCUGCGGCAUGAAGGAGCCCUCGCCGGCCAAGUUGGAGGAGCACGUCAACAGAGCCCACUUCGACCUGACCUCCCCGUCCUUCCCCUCUGUCACGCCGCAGGAGGAGGUGUCGCUCACGUGCCCGCUGUGCAUGAAGCAGUUCGAGUGCAGCCCGGACCUGGAGCUGCACGUGAACAUAGAACACAAAGAUAUCCUCAGUCCGGCCAAGUCCACAGUUGCAACACCUGUGGAAAGCGAAGGAAGCGACAUUGGAUCUUGCCCAGUAUGCAGCCGAGCAGGGUUCAACACCCACAAUGAACUUGCAGCUCAUAUUGACACUCAUUUCUCCAGAAAGUCUUCUAUUGAGACCCCAGAAGAUGGAGGCUGGGAGAGACGUCUUGUUACUGAGUUGGAGAAGCAAGAGAAAGAGGUGCAGCGGAUGAGAGAGCAGCAGGAAUUUUCUCUUUUACGGGCACAGUACGGCAUGGAUAAUGAGGGUAACUUCUCACAACAAUCUCUCACCAACAUGCAGAGAGCGGUUUAUGCUGGAGAGAUGACAGUGGCAGACUAUUAUGAGAGACAGAUUGAGCUGAAGAUCGCUGAGAAAAAUGGUGUUGAUGAUGGAAGAGCUUGUUCAAAAGGUCUUCUUGGGGCAAUAAAAGCUGUAAGUGAAAGCAGUAACAAUGUUCGCGCAGCACAUUUCUGCACCACUGUUGACCACUACGGCUCGACAUAUGGGGAUCGAGGCUGGGGUUGCGGCUACAGAAACAUCCAGAUGCUGUUCAGUUCAUUACAGCACCACACGGGCUACUACUCUCGUCUCUUCUCUGGACCAAAUGUCAUGCCUUCUAUAUCACAACUCCAGAGACUUAUUGAACAAGCAUGGAGAAAUGGCUUUGAUCCUCAGGGAUGUGAGCAGUUAGGGGGAAAGCUGUGGAAUACAAGAAAAUGGAUAGGUGCUACGGAAGUGGUAACUUUGCUCUCAUCCUUUAGAAUCAAAUGCCACCUUAUAGACUGCCAUCGACCAACAGGAGCAGAUGGGACACAUCCAGAGUUGUUCCGAUGGUGCCUUGAAUAUUUUUCCAAACCUGCAGAGUUCAAGCCUCCUAUUUAUCUUCAGCAUCAGGGACACAGUCGAACAAUCAUUGGAGUAGAGCAGCUGGGAGGAAAUGAGGGAGGACUACGGUUACUGGUCUUGGACCCCUCACAUUCCCCCACUCAGAUGUCACAGCUCCUUCACACACAGACAGCUCCAGCAGGGAUGAGGCUACUUCGGAAGCCUCUCUCAAGCAUGAGGGCCAAGCAGUAUCAAAUGGUCAUAGUAGUUGGCCUUAUGGAGACAGAGCAAGAAUAUAAGCAAAGCAAAAUUCUUCAAGCAUCAACCAGGAUACCCAAAGAUUGAGAACAAGUUUAGAAGUUAACUGAAAAUAUUAUGUUAGAAAGGUGUUCUGAACGUGAUAUUUCAUAUUGAGAUAAAUAGAACCGUGUCAGUUUGUGAAUCAACUAGUGCAGACCUGGAAACCAAAGCAAAGCUGGCCCACUGCCAAUCUUAGAUUACAUGUGAUAAUAUUCCCUUUCAGUUUUUGUAUCAUGCUGUCUCUGUUAAAACUGGUAAGAUAGAUUGGAGAGAAAUCAGUGGGCCACAUUAGUGAUCUAGCUGCUAGCGAGUGGUUAUUGUGUCUCUCUCUGCUCAUUCUCUUUAAACCAUAUCUUGUACCAAGAGAAUAUUCCAUAGGAUAAUCCCUCUUGAUGCUAGACUGGAAAUUCUCAAAUAUCAUGCAGGACUUUCUUUUUUUUUCUAUAUUUUUCUGUGUGGUUCUUUCUUUCUUUUUUCUAGGCCCAGUUUUUCUCUCCCUCUCUCCAACUUCCUCUUACUCUCUCUCUCUC